AGCAAGAACUGGAUCAAAUCGGCCGCCUAAUUCCAGACGUGGCACCCGCCCUCGUGGAGGCGGUUCUCUACGUAUAUAUAGGCUGCCACGCGGCGCACAAGGCACCACAAGCCCCAUCAAGCAACAUGAAAUUCGUGAUCCUCGCCGCCGUGGCCGCCGUGGCCCUCGCCGCCCCCGACAGGACCUACGGCCCGCCAAGGAGGACCUACGGCGCCUCGGGCUCCGAAGAAUCCGCGGAGAUCCUCAAGCACGACUUCGUCCUCGAGGACGACGGCAGGUACAACCUGGAGGUGGAGACCAGCAACGGCAUCUCCGUGGCCCAGCACGGCAGCCCCGACGGCCCCGAGGACGCCGUGGUCUCCAGCGGAUCAUACUCCUACACCGCCCCUGACGGCACUCCCGUCCACGUGAGGUUCGUCGCCGACGGCAACGGCUACCAGCCCGAGUCUGACCUGCUGCCCGUGGCCCCCGAGUUCCCCCACCCCAUCCCCCAGUUCGUGCUGGACCAGAUCGCCAAGGCCGCCGAGGAGGACAGGAGGGGAUCCCAGUCUUCCUCUGCUCCUUCACGAAGAUACUCAUAUGCUUAAAUCACAUAUGAGUAUAAGAGAUACAUUUUGUCCUCCAGCACCAUCCAUAUACAAGCCCAAAAUCAUUUAUUUAUUUUAUUUAAGAUGCAUUAAUAAACUAUUUGUAUAAAAC